AUGAGGAAAAGCGCGUCAGAUGGGGGCAACAGUACGUCCCCCACAGUCGUUCAUGUGGCAAGAUCGAAUGCCUCGACCCUGCGGCCAAACGCUCUACAGUCGCAGCUGGAAGAAGCACAUCCCUCAGCGCCUCGCGUCCACGGUGACACACCCAGCCUGACAAGGGGCGGUGGCGGUAUGGCCUCCUCUGCCAGCGCGCUUCGCUUCACGUGUUGUCGCUGUCGCCGCUCCUUGGUGGUUCGCCCUGGAAUGCAACGCAGUGCUGCACCAACACUGCCACCACCGCACGAAUCAGCCUCGCCGUCGCGUGGAUCAGCCGUCGUCGUAGAAGGCCUGCAGCCGCACCUCUCCAGCUCGCCACCACCGGUAUCCGCGGUGCAGAGUGCCGUACGCGCCUCUCACGCGACGUGCGGUGCCGGACGCGUCUUCCGCCCCCUGGAGCCGCCAGCGGUGGUUCUGGACACAGAGGACUGUGCCGCUCAGCCCAACGCCAUUUGUGAUGCCCACGCUAGCAUACCGCCUGCCACCACAUUGACGGCCAUCUUUGAGGAGCGCCACCAGCUCCCCUGCAGUAGCACCGCCACGCAAUUCAUGGACGAAGCUCUUCUCAAUGCGCUGCCACUGCACUUCUUUUCCUCAGCGGAGCUUUUAUCCUCGCCGCAGCUGGCGGACCUACUCGUGCACGCCCAAGGGAGCGGCGUCGCUGCUGCGCCGAUGACCAUAGGGGCAGAGAAUACCUUGGCGAGCAGCCACUCGCUGACUUCGCUCCGUCCGCCACAGCCCAUCCAUCCCACCAAUCCGCUCAUUGGACUCGCCCUCCCCUCAGAGACUGCGGUGCUGGACGUGUCGCAGCUCGCCUCCCUGGGUGUGCCGGUGCGAAGCGCCACGUGCAGGGAUGAGGGUGAAGCCAAAGAUGAGGAAAAGCAUACCGCUCUUCGCUCAGGAGCGAUACGGCGAGUCCCAAUCCACUCGACGCAGGCGACAAGCAACACCACUGUAGCACACGGGCACACCGAACUGCACUACACAUCCGCUGAUGAGCACCACGGCGAGUGUGCUGACACAGCGGCGCGGACACCUCCACUACAACCCUCCAGCAUCCCCACCCUACCGCCGCCGCCGCCGUCGUCGGUCGCGGAAGAGGGAGCUUGCGAAGUGCUCGCCACGCCCAACCCCGUCGCUGCUGCCGACCCGUGCACACCACCAACGCACCUGCUCGCGGCGGACAACGCAUGUGCAGACCCUCCGCCUUCCAGCUUGGGGAUGCCUUUCUCUUCCCCUUCCCUGCCACCCGCGCCAUCACGGACGUCUUCUUUCGACCCUAGCAGCAGCACAGCACCGCUGCCAGGCUACCCUCCGACCGCCAUACCCUGUGAUGAGCUCUGUCGCCGCUGGAUGCGUCUGCUCGCCCGCACGGCCGUGCCGCAUGAGCAGCCGCUCUGCAGCGACUGCUGGCGCGAAGACUGUCUUGUCCCGCUGCAGCAGCGCACACGGCUCUCACUACAGGGAUCGAAAACACUCUCCACGAUACUCUCGAGCACUCCUGAAGAAAAGCGUCGCAUCUUCACGAUGUGCUACACCGACCCGGCAGCGGUGCCACUUUCGGGUGCUGUUGUCACCUCAGUGGACUUCCGCGAAGGUUUUUAUGAAGUUGAGAGGAGGAAAGCAUUUCUCUCGACGACGGCGACGAAGCUCGAGCGUACUCUACCGCUCGUGUCACUUGACGCAGUCGCAGCGAACCUGUUCGGCACUGACGAGGAAAAUGUGCUAAGUUCGCUCGAGUCACUCUCUGCGCUUCACAAAGGGCCUUUCCCAGUCACGAGGGAGUCCGCCACAGCACUCCACCGUUUGCGGUGCUCCCCGGACGCGCCACUCGAGCAACGUCGGGGGUCUCAGGCAGAACACGACGAAGGUGCUUUGGCCUUCUCGGAGGACGGCAAGGAAGCAGAGCAGCUGAUGGCGGAGUUAGAGAGGCUGCGUGUUGAUCAAGCGAGACUGGAGCAGGAAGUGGCGGAACUGCGAUAUGUGCUGCACGCCUUGGAGUCCACGACCCAUCCUCGAAGCCAUGGCGAGGGGCGAUUGGGUGACACCACCACGGCGCCAACUCGGGCUGUCACGCCAGAGGGAUGGCAAGAGCUCGCGGUGGCACACAACAUCCGCGAGGUGGAACGCGCAUUCACCCUCGGCGAUGAGGCGGCAGAGCGGCAGCACGCCAUGGACGACCUUGUCACGCGCUUCUCCUACGUAUCCUCCACGCCGAUUGACGACCUCUGCUUUCCCAUCGACGUCUCUGGUCCCGUGGGGCUCAUUGCUGGAUUGCGACUCGGACUUGUACCCCCGUACUCCGGAUCCAGCAGUGGUUACCCGAGCGCUGGGAGCAGCGCCGUGCAUGAUGGCGACACUUCAGCGAGAUCCGCGCCGUCUACCCUUCGGCCGCUUGCCCAUUCGGCCGUGUCUGCGUCGGAAGAAGCCAUACACCUUGACGGCUUUGUUCACCGACAGGUGAACUACGCGCAACUGCUGCUUAGCGGCAACACGAGCGCCAAUGGCAACAACCACUGCGACACUGCGGAAAAAGGAAAGCGCAACAGCCACAGUGGCGUGAACGGGGGCCUGUCGCGCGGCGGGGCGGCGGCAAUGAUAGGAACUGGUGCUGCUGCCAACGCCUCCGCCUCCACCACUGCAUCGACCACCGCAACGAGGUCCAACACCCGCGUGUCGCCGCUGGAGGUAAAUGCGGCGUGCGGUUAUCUGCUGCUCUUGAUCAACUACCUGGCACAAGUGAACGGCUUUUCAUUUCGCACAGCUGUGCUGCGGCCUGCUGGAGAUCGCAGUACGGUAGCGCUGCUGAAGCGCGCGCCGGCCUCUGCCAGAGCUGUAAGAGCUGGUGGCACUGCUCCUGCUGCGGCGACGGCAUCCACAUCGCUUUCUCCUUUCAAUGUCUUCAGCUACUUCACCAAUAAAAGUCGCGCAGACACGCAGACCAGCGAAGAUGCGAAGCCUUUGAGGGGGGCGACUGCGUCCUCGCCCGCCUACGUGGUGGAUAGAGAAGUCGACUUCUAUCUGACUGACCGCCUGCUGGCGUGGCGGACCUUCGGCGCCGCUUGCGUUGCAGUGGCCACAUGCGUGAAGGAGUUGACCGAUGCCCUGCACGAAAGCCUGCGCUGUUGGCGGGUGCGGGAGAGCAUGAUGGGCCGACCUCAGCCAUCUGUGGCUCUGAUGCCGUCAUCACCUGCAGCGACUGUGGCACCUUCUGACAAUUUAGAGUGCGUGGAAGUUCCCUCCCACGGGGUGCCACUACCCGCAGCAGCAGCAGCAGCAGCAGGAGGAGGAACAGAAGGCCUCACAACUGUGCCGGUGGCCUGCAGGCGAAAGAAUGCGCCGGUGCCGUUGCCUCAACUCGUACAGGAGCUCUCUAGCAGCCACAAUCAUGUGAACCGCACAGCGACUCUCGCGAGCGGCAGUGCCCCUCACCCAAGCACCGCUGCUCUCGACACGCGUGGGGGGUCGGGUACGACGCCGGCGGAACACGGCAGUCGUGUGGGCAACUCCGCGUGCACGUCAGCCCUUUUGCGGGCAUCGCAGGAAACAACGCCUGAGCAACACCGCAGCCCUCCUGCAGGAGACGGUCGGUUCCCGCUUCAGCCUCCUUUUCGAACCCGCGAUGACGCCGUCGACGGCUUCUCUGUUCGCCACGGCAGCGUGUCGGAGGCAAUUUGGACCCUCGGCAUGAAGAAGCUCCUGGCGAAUGUGCGGUGGUGCAUGGAGGCGACGGUGGAGCUGGAAGGCCUCUACGCUGUCGCCGGUGAGGCAAACAGUGAUGGGGCCGACGAGCAGGUGGGUGAAGAGGACGGAGAGGUGGGGGGAGGAGACUAUCGCUAG